AUGAGAUUGACGCGGGGGGACCCACUUGGUCAAAUACCAGAGCACGCAGGUCAUUUUCCUAGUCAUUCUCGCUCGCGCCACCGUUCCCCAUAUCCCCUCGCCGCCGCCGCCGCCGCCGGCGUCCGCCGCGCCACCACGGCGCCAUGCUCCGGCUACGUGGCUGCGUCCUCACCCAGCUCCUCUCGUCUUCCUCUGCCUCUCCCGUGUCCCAUCUCCGCCGCCUCCUCUCCGCCGCAGCCCCCGCCAUCUCCCCAAGCAUCGGGUUCGCCGUGGAGGACUACCUCGUCCGUACCCAGCGGCCUCACCGUACACAGGCGCCAAGCCUCCAAGCUCUCCCACCUCAAGUCUCCCGCCAAGCCCGACGCCGUGCUCGCCUUCCUCGCCGGCCUCGGCCUCUCCGCCGCCGACGUCGCCGCCGUCGUCGCCAAGGACCCGCUGCUACUCUGCGCCAAAGUGGAGAAGACCCUGGCCCCCGUCGUCGACGGGCUCACCGGCCUCGGCCUCUCGCGUCCUCAGAUCGCGCACCUCGUCUCGGUCGCCGGCGAGAAGUUCCGCUGCAGAGCCAUCAUCGACAGGCUGCACUACUACCUGGCCCUCUUCGGCUCCUCCGGGAAGCUCCUCCGGGUUCUCGACCGCAGCCCCUACAUCCUCUCCUCCAACCUCGAGAGGGUGGUCAAGCCCAACGCCGUGUUCCUGAGGGAGUGCAGGAUAGGUGCUUGUGAUAUUGCCAAGCUGUGUGUCGCUCAGCCGAGGAUGCUCACCUCCAAUGUGGAGCGCGUCCGGGCGAUGGCGGCAAGCGCCGAAGGCCUAGGUGUGCCCCGUGGCUCCAGGAUGUUCUGGCGCAUGCUGAAUGCCCUUGCGUUUCUCCGCGAGAAGGAUAUCGCCGCCAAAGUGGAGUACUUGAAGGACACUUUCAGAUGGUCCGAUGCUGAGGUGGGCAUUGCUCUUUGUAAGGCCCCGAUGGUGCUGGCGUUGUCCAAGGACCUGCUGCAGAGGAAGUCAGAGUUCCUGAUCUCUGAGUCAUGCUGCGAGAGGAGGUAUUCAUGGAGAAGUUCAUAUGCCCCUACAAGGAAGCUGCACCACAACUCGCUGAAGACUAUGCAGCAGCUUGCAAAGGGGAAGUGCCGGCUAGAUUCAGAUUUACAUGAACCAAGGCCUGUACGAAAAUUUCAUAACCGGGUAUGACACAACAGAAGUUUCACUCUCCGCAUCAAGCCGCUCAUUCCUGAUUCAAUGUUGUUGGCCUAAACUUAAUGGUGGUUGGCUGCUAUCUACAAUCUAUAGCAUGUAUGUUACGUUCUCAUUUGGUGGUGCUAAUCCAGGAUGAAACUGAUAUUUUGAUUUGUGAGCCUUGGUAUGCUUGUUAUGUCAUUCAGUAGGAAGAAAGCAUUGCGCUGCUAUUAACUUGCCCCUCCUCAUGUUAUUGACACAUAUAUUGGAACUAAGAGAGUGUGAGAUCACGGCAUCCUACCAAUGCUUUGAAGUGAGUA